CUAGAGUUUUUUUCCACAUCGAGCAAAGUUCCCAGAGGUCGAAAAUAUCUCAUUAGAAGCUCCGGGGAGAGAGAGAUUGUUGCAGCGAGAGAGAUGAUUGACAACGGAGGAGGACACGAUGGCAACGGGACCGCCGUCGAAGAUCUCUUCGGCGGGGGCUAUUCUCCUCCUCUGCACGACGGCGGCGCGGCUGAGGACUAUAGAGACUCCAAAUCUCAGCGCGAUUUCGAAAAAGAAUCUUCCAGAAGUAGAGAAAAAGAAAGGGAGAAGGGGCGAGAUAAGGACAGAGAGAGGGACCGGGAUCGUAACAGGGACAGGGACAAGGACAGAGAGGGAGAGAAAAGCAGAGAAAAGGGUUCGGAGAGAGAAAAGGACAGGGACAAAGAACGGGAUCGUCAUUCCAGAAGUCGUCACAGGGAUCAUAGUAGGGAACGCAGUGAUAGAAGAGAACGUGGCAGGGAUAGAGAUGAUGAUGACUACCGUAGAAGCCGUGAUUAUGACAGGCGUAGAGAUCACGAGAAGGAUAGGGGAGAUAGAUGUCGCCGCCGGUCUAGGUCUCGUUCAAAGGAUAGAUCUGAUCGGAAAUCAAGGUCACGAUCACCAUCAAAGAGCAAACGGGUCAGUGGAUUCGAUAUGGCACCUCCUGCUUCUGCAAUGUUAGCUGCUGGUACUAUUGGUACUGCCGUCACAGGUCAAGUUCCUGUUGCAAACCCUGCUAUUCCUGGGAGCGGAAUGUUUCCAAACAUGUUCCCCUUAACAACAGGACAGCCAUUUGGUGCACUUCCUAUGAUGCCAGUGCAGGCUAUGACGCAGCAGGCUACUAGACAUGCUCGCAGAGUAUAUGUUGGUGGGCUUUCCCCAUCAGCCAAUGAACAGUCCGUUGCAACGUAUUUUAGCCAGGUUAUGGCAGCGAUUGGUGGAAACACUGCUGGCCCUGGUGAUGCUGUUGUCAAUGUGUACAUAAACCAUGAGAAGAAGUUUGCUUUUGUGGAGAUGCGAUCUGUCGAAGAGGCAAGUAAUGCAAUGGCUUUGGAUGGGAUUAUAUUCGAGGGAGCUCCAGUGAAGGUGAGGAGACCUAGUGACUAUAACCCGUCUCUAGCCGCAACUCUUGGUCCGAGCCAGCCCAGUCCGAAUCUAAACUUGGCUGCUGUUGGUCUGACUCCAGGCUCUACCGGUUUGCUCGAGGGUCCAGACCGAAUCUUUGUCGGUGGGCUUCCCUAUUAUUUUACCGAGGCCCAAGUCAGGGAAUUGUUGGAGUCAUUUGGAGCCCUGAAGGGCUUUGACCUUGUGAAAGACAGGGAAACCGGAAACUCGAAAGGAUAUGCCUUUUGCGUGUACCAAGAUACCUCUGUUACAGACAUUGCUUGUGCAGCCCUCAAUGGAAUUAAAAUGGGAGAUAAAACUCUUACCGUGAGACGCGCUAACCAGGGAACAAUGCAACCAAAACCUGAACAGGAGAGUGUAUUGUUACAUGCACAGCAGCAGAUUGCUUUGCAGAGGAUGAUGUUACAACCAGGCACUGCCACUGCACCCACCAAAGUCGUGUGCCUGACGCAGGUUGUUGCUGAGGAUGAGCUUAGGGAUGACGAGGAGUAUGAAGAUAUAAUGGAAGACAUGAGACAAGAAGGUGGAAAGUUUGGUGCAUUGACCAAAGUAGUGAUUCCUCGCCCCAGUCCGAGUGGCGAGCCAAUACCAGGCGUAGGCAAGGUCUUUCUGGAGUAUGCGGACACAGAGGGAGCAUCUAAGGCGAGAGCGGGGAUGAACGGGAGGAAGUUCGGUGGGAACCAAGUGGUGGCUGUGUUUUAUGCCGAAGACAAGUUCGAACAAGGUGAUUAUCAAUCCUAAUGAAAAACAGAACCAGAGUUCAGUUGUCCGGAGCCGAAUGGAUCUGGCAUUUCUCUCUUAGUGAAGUGCUUUUGCUUUUUAUCGACACCUUUAUUUUGCUGUUGAGACAGGAGGAUCCACAUGAGAAGGUGCCUUGUAAUUUUGUUGUCAAAGAUUCAAAACCCUUGCUCUCCA